GGGUCAAUUUUACUGCUUUUCUGUGCCUUUAAACGACAUGAUUCUGUGGAUACUUAUCCAGUAAAUGCUGAUGCUUGCUAUACACCCUUGCAAGGAGAGGACCCUGAUGCAACUGGUCAAAUCGCUUCUUGUCCUGUUACUCCCUUUGCAAAAGCUGGAUUUUUCAGUAAGAUGUCAUUCUGGUGGUUGAAUCCAUUAAUGAAGAAGGGCAGAGAGAAAAUUCUGGAGGAACAAGAUAUACCAAAGUUGCGAGAGGCAGAUCGAUCACAGACAUGCUACUUAGUGUUUAUGGAACAACUGAGCAAACAUAAACAAAAAGAAAGAACUGAUCCUCCACCAAUGUUUUCUAUACUUCUUUCUAUGUAUUGGGAAGCCAUUUUUGUUACUGGGUUCUUUGCGCUGGUCAAGGUUCUCUCACUCUCCACAGGACCUCUGUUUCUUAGAGCCUUUAUUCGGGUUGCUGACGGCAAAGAAGUAUUUAAGUACGAGAGUUAUUUGCUGACUGUUGGCCUUUUCGUCGCAAAAUGCUUGGAGUCACUCUCUGAGAGGCAAUGGUUCUUUAGAACAAGACUGGUUGGACUUCAAGUAAGGUCUUUGCUCUCUGCUGCAAUAUAUCGGAAGCAACUUCGGCUAUCAAAUAGUGCCAGAAUGACUCAUUCUCCGGGUGAGAUUGUCAACUAUGUCAGUCUAGAUGCAUACAGAAUAGGUGAGUUCCCGUAUUGGUUUCAUCAAAUAUGGUCAACAAGCCUUCAGUUAUGCCUUGCGUUGUUUAUUGUGUACUAUUCUGUGGGAUGGGCAAGUGUUGCGGCUUUAAUUGCUAUUGUUUUGACUGUUGCUGCGUGUUCUCCACUGGUCAAAUUACAACAUGAGUAUCAGAAAAUGCUAAUGGUGGCACAAGGUAAAAGGCUGAAGGCUAUCACAGAGGCGCUUGCAAAUAUGAAGGUCUUGAAGCUGUAUGCAUGGGAAACACAUUUCAAGAAUGUUAUAGAAGGACUGAGGAAAGAAGAAUUCAAGUGGAUAUCAGGUGUUAUGGCACAAAAAGGGUGUUAUCUGGUUCUGUUUUGGUCAUCUCCAACUAUAGUACCGGUUGUUACCUUCUGGACAUGCUAUUUCCUUGGUAUUCCACUUGAUGCUGCAAAUGCCUUCACAUUUCUAUCUUGUCUCCGCAUUGUUCAGGAGCCAAUUAGGAACCAGAAUUGAUGAACAGAAAUCUACAGCCGAAGUGCGAUGACAUAGUGUUUGAACACUCUGUUUUUAUCAGGUGCACUGAAAUUUCUUGGGACACUAAUCCUUCCUCCAGAGCCACUUUAAGGAACAUAAACUUGACAAUUAAACCUGGGGAAAAGGUUGCUAUUUGUGGAGAAGUUGGCUCAGGCAAAUCAACU